AUGUGCCAGAACAAGAGCAACACCAACUCCAACACCAUGACCAUCAAGUCGAACAAGAAGCUGUCCUACAGCGUCAAGAAACUCCUCCAGAAGAUCUUCAAGCAGCGCGUCGAGGAGGAGGAGCAGAACCUCAAGAACACCCUCAAGGCCAACUCCCUGGAGUCUUUGGAAUCCAUGGAGAACAGCCGCAACGCCGAUCUGGAAUCCGCUUCAAUCUGCGCCUCCGUCGAGUCCUGCGAAAACGAGGCCAACGAGCGCUUGUCCCAGUCCUGCGACAUGGAGGACUACGAUCUCGAGCAACUGCCCACCGUUCCCGUUCACUUCGUCCGCACCGCCCACGGCACCUUCUUCUGGACCGCCGUCUCCGAUCUGCCAGCCGACAACGACCUCAUCGAGCCCCUCUACUGCAGCACCGCCAACGAGAUCGCCAUCCCCCAGGAUCGUUGGGUUCAGGCCUAAGAAAUCAUCUGAAUCAUCAUCCUGCAUCAUCUAGCAACCAUGUCUUCCAUUGGAUCUCCAGCUUUAAUCAACGUCUUCCGUUAAUUUUUGACCACAUUCCACAAAAAUUAACAUGCAAGCCGAUCAACUCAGCUUUACAAAAAUUGUGAUACAUUUUACUUAACAUUUACAAAAAAAACAAAUCAAAAUAUAUAUACAAUUUAAAAGAAA